CAAAAUCAACAGCAAGAAGCAUCCUGCUUAUUCAUCAGGAUGGGGAAUUUGAAUAACAAAAAGCCAUUUGAAAUGGUAUAAGGUAUAAAAGCUUGAGUGAACAUGGCCUAUUGGACAACAUCCCAGAGCCGCAGCAAACAAACACCAUGGCCAAGAUCAUCUUCUACGAGGACAGGAACUUCCAGGGUCGUUCCUAUGAAACCAGCUCAGACUGCCCUGAGUUGACCUCGUACCUGAGCAGGUGCAACUCCUGCAGGGUGGAGAGCGGCUGCUUCAUGGUGUACGACCGCUCCAACUUCCAGGGAAACCAGUACUUUGUGAGGAGAGGAGAGUAUGGUGACUACCAGCGUAUGGGCAUGUCUGACUCCGUUCGCUCCUGCCGUAACAUCCCCAUGCACAAAGGACAGUUCAGGAUGCAGGUCUAUGAGAGAGAGAACUUUGGGGGUCAGAUGCACGAGAUGAUGGACGACUGUGACUCCAUCCAGGAUCGUUACCGCAUGUCCGACUGCCAGUCCUGCAACGUGAUGGAGGGCCACUGGCUCAUGUACGAGCAGCCCCACUUCAGAGGCAGGCAGAUGUACGUGAGGCCUGGAGAGUACAGGAACCUCAGAGAGAUGGGCAACAGCUCCGUGAACAGAUACACCUCCAUGAGACGUGUCCUGGAUUCUUGCGAGAGCCAGCAUCAUUGAAGUCUGAGAUUCUUAUUUUUCUGGCAUUCAAAAUAAAUAUUGGAUCAUUGAAAUGCA